UAGCUGCGAAAUAAAAAAUUUAAUGUAGACUCUAGGCUUUACUUGUUUUUAUUUUUCUGGUAGCCAAACUGUCAACUCAAAGGUGAAAGUUGAAACUCAAGCAAAACAAAGUCAUUCAACAGUGAAGGCUCCCUUUUCAAAGCUCUUCUUGCACUAAUAAUGAGACUGUUUCUAAUAUAAUUUUGUUCACUGAUAUCCAGCAGUAUCCAGCCUGGAGAAGUGCUGGUACCACUGAUAGUACAAGAGGGCAAUGGCUGCUUUGAAAAUUCUAAAAAAUUUAUAUCAGUAUGCUUUGAUAAUGAAACAAAGCUUUUCAGAAGACGUGAAGCUGUGGGAUGCUGUGUCAAUUCGAAACGCAAUGAAAUGGGCUGACUAUGCCCAGGAGAUCCACAGCCUUUUGAAAGGUGGACCAUUUGAAAAUGAUGUGGAUCAUAAGCUGUGUGAGAUGACCUUGCUGAAACGCCCUGUCUCCUGUCUCACUCUCACAGUUGACAGCUUGGGUCGAGCAAAAGAAAUACUCACUGAGAACCUGAUGAGCAAUCCUUACCUCAAGGGGACGGUGAGACAUGAGCUAAUCACUUUGUUACAGAACAACCCUGAAGAUGCACAGAUUUUACAAAAGGUGCAGAAGAAUCUAGAAACGGCUCGCUGUGACCGAGAUACCGUUGACAGGUUGCUAGGUGCUCUGAAUUCCUGCCCUCCAAUUCCAAGCUGGCUGGAAGUCAGUGGAGACAGAUGGCCGAGCUUGUAUCAAACAAAAAUGUUGUUACAGCAUUUACUGCACGUUUGUCGAUACGAGGAGAAAGAGGAAAGAUUGGAAAACUACCUCGUUGUGUUGCUGGACCAAGUGUCGGAGAACAGAGGUUGGGACGUUGCUACAAGUUUGAUUUGUCUUCUGUGCGAAGAGGAAGACUCGAACCCCGAAUGCUGUUCGACGGUUCUGAAGUGUACACUUGGCUGGCUGUCCAGAGACUUGAGUGACAUCGAUUGUGAGAGAAUGUUGAGCUCCAUGAGCCCGGCUCAGGCCGCGCGAGCAGCAGCUUCCUGUGAGCCAUUUCUUCAGCUCUACUUGCGGGCGCUGUCUCUGUGGGCUGACCGUUUCCUCCCCUUCGUUGACCAUCUGGGCCGAGUCACGUGGAGGUCUCCCACCUCAAGCUCCACAUCCUCUGAUUUCACACAGCAUUUGGAGAAGUUGCUCCAGCUGUCAGACGUCUCCCCGAGGGCGCGGACGGACACGUUGGGUCUGAUCACUGGCCGAGUGAGAGACUUGGAGUACAGUGUGUGGUCUCACGUCUGCCACACUCUGCUGCAGACACUCAAGAAAGGAUAGUCACUUCUUAGUAUUCUGGCGUAGAAAUCAUUUUUUUUUUUCUCCUAAUUUUAUCUUUUUUUUCCCCCCCACCCCCUUUCUUCUUACUGCUGUGUUCUCCUCCUCCUUAUAUAUCCUUUCUCUCGUUUCCUAAU